GCAUGCUCCUCGCCGCGCGGGUGGAGAGCGCCGGGGCAGGGAGGCGAGCACCGGGCGCUGGUCCCUCCGGGCAGGGGAGGUAGGCCUGGGCCUGACGCCGGCCACGCAGCGGCGGGAGAGUGAGCACCCGGGCGGCGGCGUCCUGGAGACCCGCGAGAGAUGGAAGCGGCGGCGACGCCGGCGACGGCCGGGGCGGCGGGGUGCGAGGAACUAGAGAUGGAUGUAAUGAGGCCUUUGAUAAAUGAGCAGGAUUUUGAUGGGACAUCAGAUGAAGAACAUGAGCAAGAGCUUCUGCCUGUUCAGAAGCAUUACCAACUUGAUGAUCAAGAGGGCAUUUCAUUUGUACAAACUCUUAUACACCUUCUUAAAGGAAACAUUGGAACUGGCCUUUUAGGACUUCCAUUGGCAAUAAAAAAUGCAGGCAUAGUGCUUGGACCAAUUAGCCUUGUGUUUAUAGGAAUUAUUUCUGUUCACUGUAUGCACAUAUUGGUACGUUGCAGUCACUUUCUGUGUCUGAGGUUUAAAAAGUCAACAUUAGGUUACGGUGACACCGUGAGCUUUGCUAUGGAAGUGAGUCCUUGGAGUUGUCUUCAGAAGCAAGCAGCGUGGGGACGGAGUGUGGUUGACUUUUUUCUGGUGAUAACACAGCUGGGAUUCUGUAGUGUUUAUAUUGUCUUCUUAGCUGAAAAUGUGAAACAAGUUCAUGAAGGAUUCCUGGAGAGUAAAGUAUUUACUUCGAAUAGUACCAAUUCAUCAAAUCCAUGUGAGAGAAGAAGUGUUGACCUAAGGAUAUAUAUGCUUUGCUUUCUUCCAUUUAUAAUUCUUUUGGUCUUCAUUCGUGAACUAAAGAAACUAUUUCUACUUUCAUUCUUUGCCACCGUUUCCAUGACUGUCAGUCUUGUGAUAAUUUACCAGUAUGUUGUCAGGAACAUGCCAGAUCCCCACAACCUUCCAAUAGUAGCUGGUUGGAAGAAAUACUUACUCUUUUUUGGUACUGCUGUAUUUGCUUUUGAAGGCAUAGGAGUGGUCCUUCCACUGGAAAACCAAAUGAAAGAAUCAAAGCGUUUCCCUCAAGCGUUGAAUAUUGGCAUGGGGAUUGUUACAACUGUGUAUGUAACAUUAGCUACUUUAGGAUAUAUGUGUUUCCGUGAUGAAAUCAAAGGCAGCAUAACUUUAAAUCUUCCCCAAGACAUAUGGUUAUAUCAAUCAGUGAAAAUUCUGUAUUCCUUUGGCAUUUUUGUGACAUAUUCAAUUCAGUUCUAUGUUCCAGCAGAGAUCAUUAUCCCUGGGAUCACAUCCAAAUUUCAUACUAAAUGGAAGCAAAUCUGUGAAUUUGGGAUAAGAUCCUUCUUGGUUAGUAUUACUUGUGCCGGAGCAAUUCUUAUUCCUCGUUUAGACAUUGUGAUUUCCUUCGUUGGAGCUGUGAGCAGCAGCACAUUGGCUCUAAUCCUGCCACCUUUGGUUGAAAUUCUUACAUUUUCUAAGGAACAUUAUAAUAUAUGGAUGGUCCUGAAAAAUAUUUCUAUAGCAUUCAUUGGAGUUGUUGGCUUCUUAUUAGGUACAUAUAUAACUGUUGAAGAAAUUAUUUAUCCUACUCCCAAAGUUGUAGCUGGCACUCCACAAAGUCCUUUUCUAAAUUUGAAUUCAACAUGCUUAACAUCUGGUUUGAAAUAGUAAAAGCAGAAUCAUGAGUCUUCUAUUUUUGUCUCAUUUCUGAAAAUUAUCAAGAUAACUAGUAAAAUACAUUGCCAUAUACUUAAAAAUAGUAACAAACUGUUUUCUUUGGCAUAGUAUUAUUUUGGAAGUAAUCAUAGCUCUUUACCAGUAGUGGUAAACCUAUGACAAAUCCUUGCUUUUAAGUAUUAACAAUAGUUUCAAAAAAUUAAGUUCUGAAAAUUGAAAAAAUUAAAAUGUAAAAAAAUUAAAGAAUAAGAAUACUUCUAUUAUUCUUUUGUCUCAGUAAGAAAUACCUUAACCAAGAUAUCUCUUUUGCCUCUCACUUGAGAAGGGAAUAGGAUUUCAACAAUAAGAGAAUAAAAUAGAAUAUAUGUAACAAAAAGCUCUCUCCAGAUCAUCCUCGUGAAUGCCAAAGUAAACUUUAUGUAUAAUAUAAAAAAAAAAAAACUCAAUUAUGUUUUUAGUACCCAAAUACUAAUAAUUAGCUCCUGGAAGUAUAGAAAACUCCCAUUUUAACAUAAUAUAAGCAUCAGAAAAUUGCAAACACUAGAAUUAAUUUUACAUUCUAGUGGUAGUUGAUCUUCAUAAUCAAGAGGCACUGUUCAAGAUCAUGACUUAGUGUUUCAAUGAAAUUUGAAAACAGACUUUAAAAGUUAUCCAGUGCAACUUCGUUAUUUUUCGUCAGAGGAAAUGGAGGCCUAGAAAGGUUGAGUAACUUGGUCAAGACCACUCAACCUUGAGAUUAAGAGAACCUAAUCUUCUGACUCCCAGGCCAGGAUGUUUUAUUUCCCAUAUCAUGUCCAAGGAAAAGAAUAGAUUAUGUUCAGCUUAAUUUUAGUAUUGAAUCUAUUUGAUUAUAUUUUAAUACUUUGAAAAUGAAUUCAUGAUUUUUAAUAGUAUAAUUGACCUGAGCAGAAAAUCAGAGAACUUGAAGAAACCUACACUGUGGCCAUAUAAACCUCAGCAAGAGAAAGAAGCUGUGUUCUUUUAAAACAGAAUAGAGACCACUUGCUAAUGAAACUCCUGGCUAGUAAGAUGUGUGUCCAGCUAUACUAUUUGUGGCUUGAGCUUUUUUUAUUAUUACCUUCCUCUCUUGAGUUUUGUAGGCACCAUCUUCCUGAAUGGUAGAAAAUAGACACCUCAGAAAACAGGAUUUGUGGACUCUUUCCAGCCCUGUGGCUUUUCUUAUCACAGCCUUUUAUUUAUUAUGAGCAGAAUAAAAGAAUCAGCUGGGUGUGGUGGUCUGUGCUUAAUCCCAGCUAUUCUGGAGGAUAAGUUGGGAGGAUCACUUGAGAGACCAGGAGCUCGAGACCAGCCUGGGCAACAUAGUGAGACCUUGACUCUAUAAAACAUAAAAAUUUUAAAAAGCUUGACAUGGUGGCAUGUACCUGUAGUCCCAGCUACUCAGGAGGCUAAAGCAGGAGGAUCCCUUGAGCACAGGAGUUUGAGGGUGUGGUAAGCUAUGAUUGUGCCACUGCACUCCAGCCUGAGUAACAGAGGGAGAUCCCAACUCUUAAAAACUAAAACAAAAAAAAUAUAUACAAGAAUCAUAGACCAUAAAGGGAUUCAUGCUUAGAAAAAAUCAAGAUAAUAAACCCCCUUCUAAAUAUUGAAACACUCCACGCUUCUUUCAGACAAAUAACUUCUAAUUAUUCCAUAUUUUUCAAAUUACUAACCAAGAUAAAGAAUCUCUUGGUGGGGAAAAUGAAAAUUAUUAAUAAUAGAAUUGUCUCCUGACUUAAAAAAAAUUCAUACUUUAAAAUAUAAACUGUUUACCCAGGCUGGUGAUACUCUAGUUUGUUAGUAUACUGUACUUGAAGAUAUCAUCAAGAUCACUAUAGUUGUAUAUAUUCUCUAUUUUUAUAUGUAAAUGUUAACUUAGUUCAAGUAUUUUUUGCUUAUGUCAUUAACUGAUCGUCAAAUACAAUCCUAAAGAUAUAUCAGAAGCUUUAUUUUGGUACAAAGUCAUAAGAAUCAAAACUUUUUUAGCCAUUCACAUUAGGUAUCAACAGUAGUUGUUUGAGAUACUUUUAUAUCAAAUCUGUUACACUGAGCCUUUAGUCACACUAAGAGAAUGCAGAAGAAGUUAUAGGAAAAUGAAUCUUCACUGAAACUAGUAUUAUAUAAUCUUGAAUUAGGUGUUUAAAAAACUUUAUAGCUUGAUAUAAAAUGAGUUGAAAAUUAUUUAAUAGGAAGCAGCCCUAGGUUUUUGUCACCUGUUUUCAGAUAAUAUUUCUAGUCUGUGUGUAUUAUUUCAUUUUUACACUUUGGCCCAUUGUUUAUUUUCCUUAUGGAAUUCAUCAGAUGCAAUGAAAUUUGAAUAGUUGAUCAUAGCAAUAAAUUUUAAAUUCAGCACAAACACAUCUUGAGCAUAUUAUCGACCAGGCUUCCUUCAGCAAUAAGAAUGUGGAAUCAACAUCCAGUACUAAAUUCAAUAAAUGAUGAAUACUUUAAAUACAAGAAAAAGUUGGAUUGCAGAAAAGAAGAGGGGCUAAAAAGGAGGAAAGUUUUAAUUCUCAACAAGAAACACUAUUUAGAUGGAAAGCUUAAAUCUAUUCUUAUUAAGGGUAUUUGAUGAUACAUUUUAUUUGCAAAAAUAACCAGUGGGUAAUUUUUUCUCUGAAAAUUUAGCUUUAAGGAGUCGUAAAAUUUCCUAAAGAUUUUGGAGACGAUAUUUCGAUUAUACCAGCUCUUGCUUUUAUUUUGGGAGCCUGGAGAAAUUAGAGUGAUUGCACCUGUCAAAUUUUGUAUCUCAUCGCUUUUGGAUCAUCACACUGUGACUAAAAUGACUUCAGCAUUUUGUCAGCCACCACAGUGAAGAACUAUUCCCUGAAAGUUAAUCAGUGACCUGAGAGCCUGUUUUUGCUACUGAGGGGGAAGAAAGGAAAGCUUUAUUUACCUCUAAUUGAGCUCCGUUCCAAGUCAGUUAUCACUGUUCCCUUACACCCAAGAGUUUCAUCAGUAUCGGAGUCAACUUGUCAAAACACUGGUUCUCAGACGUCUUUUUCAGAGGGUCUUCUUUUCCCCACGUGGCCAGAUUUCUUUACAAUUAAGAAAAUAAGAGAUACAGCAUAUUCUUGGUUAAAAACCAGUUUAGAUGGUGUUACCAAAUGAAAACAAGCCUGUAUUAGCAAAUGCCACAUUAUAUUUAGUCGUAUUCUCACUAAAUUCUCCUUGAUUAAAAUGAUUUCUGCAUCUUGCCUAGACAAUGCGUUUACAUAUUUACAAGUGUUGUAUGUCAAUGUGCAUGUUUUGAAUUUCCUAACAGUGCCUAAUCUUAGUAGUUUUACAGUAGUUACAUAAAAUCUCUUUAACUGCAAAAUACUAUAAAAUAUUACUUGAAAUAUUAAAAGUAUUAGUGCCAUUUCUAGCUGUGGCAAGGCACAAGUCUUACUAUGAGUGACUUAUGUCUUCUCGUAGAUUUCAUUACAGCAUCUGAGUAGUGGAUCUGUUUACUGACAGCAUACACAAAUUAGGUCUUGACCUAUU